UAUUUCCCUCCAUUUCAGUCCCCAUUAACCCUCUACUUAUAAAUUCACAAGAAAUAGCCAAUAAAAUUCAUCAAAUCUCACUUCAAUUUAUUUCCAAACUACAGUACAUUUUUCAUUUAAUAAAUUUGAUCUGCUAGCAUGGUUGUAGUAUCCCUAAAACCUGUUAAAUUUUACGGCAGUAGCCUCCCUAGACCACGAUUUUACAAACCAAAUUCAGAGCGAGUAGAUCCACCAGUUUCCAUUCUCGAUCCAUUAAUGUCAUGGGCAGAGGAAGCUCACUGGUCUAUGGGUGGUGUGAGCUUCACGCGCCACCGUUUACAGGGCCGAAUUGAAGGUAACAUUGAGAAGCUACGCGCCGAGCGUGAAAUUGUGGAGAAUAAGAAGGUAGAGGAAGAGAUGACGUGUCCGGGUGCUCCGAUUGUGUUGAAGAGGAAAAGGAGGUUGGCUGAUGAUGAAUCUGAGGAUGUUGGAGGUUUGGUGAGGAAGCUUGAAGAUGAAUUUGAUGACGUGGCGGAGGAAAGUGAAUCGAAAGUUGCAAAGGUGAAAUCUAAGGGUGAAAAGUUGAAGAAAGUUGAGGAGGAAAGUGGAUUGGAGAGUUCAGGGAUGAAUACGAGUGGAUUGAAAAGUUCAGGGGUGAAAAUGAGUGAAUUGAAUAGUUCAGGGAUGAAAAUGAAGAGGCGGAGGAAAGAAGAUGACGUGGUUGAGGUGGUAAAUGAGGUGAAAUCUAAGGGUGAGAAGUUGAAGAAGGUUGAAUCGGUGAAAAGGACUUCGCCUAGAUUGGCGAAGCGUGUUUGAUUAUUUGUGUCGAUGAAUGGGAUGUUGUAGAGUAUAGGGAUAUAGUGUGUUUCUAGUUUUAUUUACUUUUGUUUUUUGUAAUGAAAGUUGAAUUGUGCUGUCAGUGAAAAGAAGUUUUAGAUAAAUGAGAAGAAAUUUUAGUUGUUUUGCUU